AUGGGAAGAUCAAAAUGUUUACGCAUGACACAUAUAUUUGAACUGUCUCGUUUAUUGGCAAUGGCUUUAUUAGUUUUGUUAUACUGCUUCAGUAAUCAUUGUUAUAUUGAACUUACAAAGGACGACGGUUCGAAAUUAGACGUUUUAUGUAUUACGUUUUAUACGCCCUAUUGGUACUACUUUGAACACUUCCUCCGCAUACGAAUUAUCUCUAAUCUAUACGAAAACCGAUCAAAGGAAAGACAUUACAUUUGUCCAGAUAAUUUUACGAUAUAUGUUUUAAUUCAGCUGCCAUAG